AUGGAACAUAUUUUACAUUUUAAUUUGUAUGUCCUUAAUAAAAGCAAUGAAGCUACUUUUGUUACAUGUAACAGAAGGGAAGUCAUUGACCUUACUUUAUGUAACUCUAAUUCAGUAGAUUACGUUAAUGAUUGGAAGGUAUCUGGGGCAGUCACUUCCUCAGAUCACCAACUAAUUACUUUCUCUAUUAAAGGCCUCUCAGGACUGAAGGUCGUAAGGAGGAACCCUAGAACAGCUGAUUGGGGUUCCUUUAGAGCAGCUCUGGAGAGGAAGAUGGGGAGCUUCUCUGGUAAGUACAAUAAUGUUAAUGAUGUAGAGUGGACUGUUGACCAAGUGCAACAGAUCAUACUCGAUUCAUAUCAUAUUUCUUGUCAGGUUACGUCUACUAGCUCCCCAAGGAGAGUUCCUUGGUGGUCUUCUGAGCUUAGUAAAUUACGUAAGAAAUGUAGGAAGUUAUUUAACAGAGCAAAGAAAUCUGGUGAAUGGCAGUCCUACAGAAACGCUCUAACUGCUUAUAACAAGGCGAUCAGAGCAUCUAAACGUCGCUCAUGGAAGACUUUCUGCGAUGGCAUUAAUACUAAUUCUGCCACCGCAAAAAAUUGCAUAAAUUCUUACUAA